ACCAAAAGCUAGGAUGUAAACAAAACACAAAUUAUAUUUAAUUUUCUUCUUUGUAAUAAAAUUAUUCUUAAAAAUAAAAAUCAGUUUUAUGUUUAGUUUCGCUGAUUUUGAAUAGAAGAAGCAAAAUGGGGGAGAAUUAUUUCUGUUUAAAAAGAAAACUGGAGGAGCUUGGAUACAACAACAAUUUACCUGUUGAAGCUAUAAGCUUAGUAGAAUGUAUUUUAGCUGACUUGUUGCAGACUACUCGAAGUUUACAACAUUAUAUGGAUCUAUCCAAAGAAGCUUUGCUACAGAGAGAUAAUUUAAUGAUCGAAUUAGAACCGUACAAGUGUGAUAAUGCUAAAUUAAUUCAAGAAAAUAAUCAAUUACAUCGCGAUAUUAUUCAACAAAAAGAAGAACAUUUAAGACUAGUGAAAGACAGUCAAAGGAAAAUUAAAUCACUAUCCGAAGAUUUAAUGAAAAAAGAAAACUUGAUAAGUAAAUUGCAACAUGACGUCAGGGAUUUAAGCCUUAGAGGAUUAUGUGCUGAAACACUAAGCAGCCGCAAUCGGAGUAAGAGGAAGGAUGCUGGGGAUAACACUGGCGUUUCAAAAAUCUGUAUAUGUAAUGAUAAAAAUGACUAUUCAGGGAAAGAUAAUGCAGAACUAUCAAGAACAAUUCAUGCUUUACAAGAGAAAAUUGAAAGUUAUAGUGAUGAAAUUAUCUUACUAAAAAAUCAAGUGGACCAUAGGGAUAAUGAAAUUAUAAGACUCACUAUUUUAUUAGAAGGUGGAAGGCCAAUCUCUGCAAUUUCAAAAGAUUUUUAUACCGAUAAACCUGAGAACAAAAUACAUAAUUUAAUGAAACAAGUUAAGGAGUUAGAAAAGUCUAAUGAGCAAUUUAGAGUUGAACUAGAAAAAAGUCUAGAAAAACAACAUGAAGCUAUGCUUAGAGCUCUUGAUCUUGCUGACAAAAAUAAAGGUUUAAAAGAUGAAUUGAAAAAAAUGGACACAUUGGCUUUAAAAGUUGAAGAUGACUGCAAUAAAAGACUUGCUGCUACAAUGAAUGAAAUUAAUACAUUACAAAAUAAAAUUGAAAAUUUGGUUUUAAAGAACUCAAAAUUAGAAAGGGAUUUAUCGGAAAUAAACUUACGAGAUCAGUCUCCAAAAAACAACAUAAACCAAACUUCAGCACAAACACAUGACAAUCAAAAGGCUGCUUUCUUAAAAGAAAUUCAGGACCUUGUAGAAUUAAAUAGAAGCCUACAAGAUAAAAUUUUUACUUUAUCUCAAACAAACAAGAUUCAACAAAAUAAACUAAUCAAUAAUUGUGAGUAUGACAUGUCUACUUCAAGAUGCCUAGCAAAAACUGAUUUGCAAAAACUACUUGAGGAUGAAAGAAAAAAAUAUGAAAGAUACAUAUAUGAUGUUCAAGAUAAAUUAAAUGAGGCCAUGAAUUUAUUCAAUAAACAUUUUAAAAGCAAUGAGAAGAUCUCAAAUCCAAAUUCACCAUCCGAAAAUGCUUUCAUAAAAGACUUACAUUUAAAAUUAUGUGAAAGUGAACAAAAAAUGUUGAUGCUGAAAAAAGAAAAUGAGGAUUUAAGAAAAAAUGCAAUCUUUAAAGAAGAUGGCAACAAAAAUAAUUAUAAAGAUAUAGUUAGACAAUUAAAUAUUGAAAAUGCAGAAUUGUCUAAAGAAAAUAUAUCACUAAGCCAGCAACUUAGUCAAUAUAAGACAAGCAGAACAGAAAAUUAUGAUAAGAGCACCUACCUUCACGACGAAAAUAAUAAAUUAAAAAAAAAGAUUGACUCACUUAUAAGAGAAAUAGACUCACUAAGAAGAGAUAAUCAAGAGCACAAUAUUCGAUAUAAAGAUGCUCUGGAUUCAUGUGAUAAACUCAAAAGAGAUUUAGCAUUUAAACAGUCUCAAAUUGAACAAUUAGAAGAGGAAAAUUGUUCUUAUAAAGUGACAAACAGAACUGGAAGAGCUUCUGCUGAUAGACUGCGUGAUGAGUGCAAUAUGUUGAAAGACCAAUUAAGAAAACUACAAAGUGAAUUGAUAAAAGAAAAAACACUAGCCAGUCAAAUAAGAAACAUUCAACAAGAAACAGAAAGAAGCACUACAGAAUCACAAAAUGAAUUAUUAUGUACACAAAAGAAGUUAAGUUUGGCAAAAGAUACUAUUGAUGGCUUAGAGAAAAAAUGUAAAGACUAUCAAACAGAAAUAUCAGUACUGAAGAAUGACAAAUCUAAUUUAAUAGAAAAUAUAAAAAUGAUUGACAGGGAAAGAGAUAAAUUAGUUUUAGAAUUAGAUCAAAAGGCAGAAAAUACGAGUAUGCUAGAACAAAAACUUAAAUCUCAGUUGUUUGACAUUAGCAAGCUGGAGAAUGAAAUAUCAGACCUUAAGAGAAAAUUAAAUGUUAACAAAGUAUCAGAACACAAAAUUUCCGAUUAUGAAUCACAAAUGGCAUUUUUAAAUGGAGAAAUAUUGAGAUUAACUCAGCAAUAUGAUACAGCUGUAAUAGAAAAUAAACAUCUACAGAAUAGUUUGGCUGAUGCUAAUGGGGAAUUAAAACUGACCAAAAUUGAAUUAGACAAAUCUAGAAGAGAAGUGGACAGUCUCAAACAACAGUUACAACAUUAUGUUGCAGAAAUUAGAAGGAUAGAAGAACUUCUGUCUCAAAAAGAAGCAGAUAGAUCAGAUAUGUUGGAGCAAUUUGCAAGUUUGUCUGUGGAAGCCAAUAUUUUAGAGAACACAAAUCAUUCCCUUGAAAGUGAGUCAGCCUCAAAAUCAUUGCAACUUCAAUCAUACAUUUCAAAGAUACAAAGCUUAGAAGAAAAGGUCUUAGAUAAAGAUAGAAUUAUAGAGACUCAGUCUGCUCGAAUUGCUUCAAUGACCUGUAAGAUAAAUGCAUUACAAAAUGAAGUAAGAUUGAUAUCAGAAGAAAAAGUUGUUCUAGAACAAAAUGUACAAUAUCUUAAGAAAAUGUGUAAAAACUUACAAAGUGAUCAAAAACAGGGCACACUUAGUAAUGUAGACUCAGAAUUAAAACUAUAUGAGAAUAGAAUAAAAUCUUUGUCAAAUUCCAAAUUAAAAUUGGAGGAAGAAAAGAAGGACUUAAUUGAGAAGAUCUCAACAACUGAAAACCUUUUAUCAAAUGCAAGGAGAGAAAUCAUAGAAUUAAAAUUAGCAUUACAGGAUGCUACAUCUGAAACCAAAUCAUUGCAGGAACGAAUGAGCACAUAUAGUAGAAGAGAAUCAGAUUUGGUUGAGAAUCGUUUUACAAGAGAGGAGUUGGAAUUACCGCUUUUACUUGAUGAAACAAUCCAUGAGGAAAGUAAUGAAGAUGAUGACAGUGGACGAUCACAUGAAUUGCGUACAAGGUCACAUUAUACACAUGGAAGCACUUUGUAAUAAACUUUUAUAAAUUACUAGCGGUCUGCCCCGGCUUCGCCUGUGGUACAUAUUCAUGUUUUCACUACAUAAGAACCACCCUCGAACUUCGAAUAUUAUAAAAAAAGAAUUAACGAAAUCAGUUAAGCUGUUCUCAAGUUAUGCGCUUACCAACACAUUUUGGGAUUCAUUUUUAUAUU